AACAAUGACCGGUUGCAAGAAUUAAAAACUUUCGAUGAAUCGAAAAUAGGCGUUAAAGGACUCAUUGAUUCCGGCAUUACCAAAAUACCGUCAAUAUUUAUUAUGUCACCAGAAGAUACUGCAGCCAUCGACACGACUUCGAUGCAUAUCACAAUUCCCAUAAUUGAUCUUAAAGAUAUUAUCGAAAAACGUGUGGAUGUUGUCGCCGCAAUCCGGAAGGCUGCCGGCACCAUAGGGUUUUUUCAAGUGGUGAAUCAUGGAAUACCUUUAAAAUUAUUGGAGGAGAUGAUGACGGCGGCGCGUGAGUUUCACGAGCUUCCACAAGAGUUGAAGGCUGAGUAUUUUAGUAGAGAGCCAAUGAAAAAAGUGAAGUAUAGAACCAAUUUUGAUUUGUAUAAGUCAAAGUUUGCCAAUUGGAGAGACACACUUUCUUGUGAUAUGGCUCCUGAAAUUCUUGAUCCACAAGAAUUGCCUCCUAUUUCUAGGGAUGUAACAAUGGAAUACUCUAGGCAAGUUCAAGUAUUUGGGACCCUUGUAUUUGAACUAUUAUCAGAAGCACUUGGACUAAAGAGUGAUUAUCUUGAAAAAAUGGAUUGUGUAAAAGGGCACCAAAUUCAUAAUCACUAUUAUCCACCAUGUCCCCAACCUCAACUCACUAUGGGAAUUACCAGUCAUUCUGAUCCUGAUUUCCUUACCAUUCUUCUUCAAGAUCACAUUGGUGGACUCCAAGUUCUUAGCAAUAAUGGUUGGGUUGAUGUUCCUCCUCUUCAUGGAGCUUUGUUAAUAAACAUUGGAGAUAUGUUACAACUAAUAUCCAAUGACAUAUUCAAAAGCGUGCAACACCGUGUGCUAGCAAACCGUCAUAAAAGCCCAAGAGUAUCAGUGGCAUGCUUUUUCACUCUUGGUUUCCAUCCAACAACAAAAGUGUAUGGCCCCAUCAAGGAACUACUAUCAAAAGAUAAUCCUCCCAUUUAUAGAGAAACCUCAAUAAAAGAAUUUGUUACUUACUAUCAUAACAAGGGACUUGAUGGGAAUUCUGCUCUUUCCCAUUUCAAAUUACAACAUGUUGCUAAAGUAUCAACUUAA